AUGGCUGUAUCAGUAACAACGACGAUUGUAGUUACAUUGUUAUUGAUUGUUUGCAUAUCACUAGUGAAUGUAGAUGCAUCUACUAUCAAUCCCAUCACAUCAUUGCCGACAUAUGAUAAAGCUAUCAAAGGACAAUACUCUGGGUACAUCACUGUCGAUAGUACAAAGCAAUACUUUUAUUGGUUCAUUGAAUCUGAAGCCAACUCAAAGGAUCCCUCUCAGGAUCCAUUUAUUAUUUAUUUCCAAGGUGGUCCUGCGUGCUCAAGUAUGCUAGGAGCAUUAACUGAAAAUGGAUACUUUACAGUAAUGAAAGACAUAAAGAAAAGCGGGCAAGACAAAUUCUAUAUCGUUGAGAAUAAAUAUAGUUGGUCUAAACUUGGACACGUCCUCUACAUUGAAAGUCCAGCUGGUGUUGGAUUCUCCUACAAUGAAGAUGGAAACUAUACAACUGGUGACACUCAAACCGCUGAAGAUAAUUUGGCUGUUGUCAAGGAUUAUGCUUCUUCUCCUCUUUUUGUUGGUGGUGAAUCAUAUGCAGGACAUUAUAUUCCACAAGUAGCACAAUUAAUGGUGCAAGAUUCAUCGAUAAAUAUUCAUGGUAUUAUGGCUGGUAAUCCAUCGUUUAAUUACACAACCGAUGCACAAUACUAUUUACCAUUUAUGGCCGGACAUGGAUUAUUGUCAUACAGCGAUUUCCAAAACUUGACCGACAUUUGCCAAGGUUCAUUUUACCCAGGUACAGCUGAAUGUAAUGAUGCAAUCAACAUAUUGUCGACCAACUUUGAUCUCAUCAACCCAUACAACAUUUUGGAAGCUUGCAAGGGUGGAGGUCCCAGCAAAGGUGGAGCUUGUUUCACUGCCGAUGCCUUUUCCUCUGAACUCAGACAAUCCAACCCAGAGACGACAGUUGCCAAGAAAGAUGUGUCUCAGGUAUUUAUCCCAUGUCUCGAUGAAUCUGCCGUCACUGGCUAUCUCCAGAGAAGUGAUGUCAUGAAACACCUUGGUGUCUCUGUCAGAAAUAUUGCUACAGGUACAUGGCAACCAUGCUCGAGUGCCGUAAACUAUACUCAAUACCUCGAGAAUAUUCCACAAGACUACCAAACACUCCUCCAAGCCGGUCUUCACGUAUUGGUGUACUCUGGUGAUUUGGACAGUUGUGUCCCCUAUCUUGGCACAUCCUUGUGCGUUGAACAACUUGGUUACCCCAUUCUCAAUAAAUGGCAACCAUGGACAUUCAAGGAUGAAGAAGGAUUUGAACAAGUAGCUGGUUAUCAAAUUAGUUAUGAUUCUUCAUCAGCUCAUCCAAAGUCAACCCUGACUUAUGCAACUGUUAAAGGUGCUGGUCAUAUGGUACCGCAAUACAAACCAAAAGAAUCAUUAUUAUUGGUAACUCAAUUCAUUUCAAAUUCAUUGGGUAUGGAUUCACAAUAA